GGUCCUGAUGCGCGCGAGAUCUCCUCCUCCCAUUAUCUGGGGUACUUGCUCGCAUCGCAUAAUAGUCGGACCGCUAGGGAGGAGGAAGACAGGGAGGGAUAGAGAGGGAGACAUAGGCUCUUAUAUAGGGAAUAUCUGAUUUCCUACGCGCAGCGACUAAUCUUCGUCACUCCGCGUCGAAAAGGCUUCUGUAUUUGUCGCACGCUGAAACUCCGAAACGCAUCCCCAGCAGCGUGACAGUCGCGCAGUCGCCCAGCGCAGGCAGCGCAGCGCAGCAGCCAGCUCAGCAGCAUGGCUGACGUGGACCCGACCGUGUUUGUGCUGGUAGUGGUGGCGAUGCUGCUAAUGGCCGCCGGAGCGGUAUCCUGGUUCAUGUCAUCGACUAGACCGGCGAAAGACCCUGCUGCUAAACGACGGGCGGGCGACGAAGAGGAGGAAGCGGAGGCGGCGGAAGGCGGAACGGCGACGGCGGGUGGUCGACGGAGAGGAGGGGGGGCGGCGGCGGGUGGGGGAGCGCGCGGAGGGGCCGCGCGGAUGCGGAUGCGGAGAAACCGACAGGCGGCGGCGGCUGCUGCGGCGGAAGAUGAGGGUCACGCGGACAGGGAGGGGGGGGAGGGGCGGAGGGAGGAGGAGGAGGAAGAGGACGAGGGGGGAGCGGGAGCGGACGGACGGAGGGAUCGCAGGAGACGAGAGAGAGAGGCGAGACGACAGGCGGAGGCAGCAGCACGGGAGGCGAAGGAGGAGAAGCGGGACGCGUACGCGGAGAGGCAGAGGCAGAAGGAGGCGGAGAGAGAGGCGGAGGAGGCAAAGAAGGCGCAAGAGGCGGCGGAGGCAGAGGCGCGGCGGCAGCAGGAGGCGCAGGAGGAGCUGGACUCGUGGAAGGGCAUGUUCUCGGUGGAGGGGGAGGGCACGGUGCAGGGGGACGAGGAGGAGGAGAGCCAGGGGCUGCUGGGCGAGUUCACGGACUACAUCCGGCGCCACAAGUGCGUGCUGCUGGAGGACCUUGGAGCGCGCUUUGGGCUCAGAGCGGUGGACGUGGUCAACCGCGUCGUAGCACUCGAACAAAUGGGGCGCAUAUCAGGAGUGAUGGACGACAGAGGCAAGUUCAUCUUCAUCUCUCCGGAGGAAAUGAAGGCUGUAGCCAGCUACAU